AUAGAAGAAGAAGUAGACGUGUCACGUUCGUCACGUUACAGUUGAGUAGAGUAAUGCCAUAUCUGAUCCGCUGCUAUGUUGUUUGAGAAGCACAUGGCGCGGCUGUGCGGCAGGACUGUGUGUCCCGGGCUGCUGCUGCUCCAGCGGGCGCACAAACACAGAGCAGCGCGGCUCUCCGAGAAGAAGCUGAGCCGCUAUUUCGUGGAUCAUCGCAGGGUGAAGGUUGUGGCAGGAUCGGGAGGGAACGGAGCCUCCACUUUCCACAGUGAGCCCCGGAAAGAGUGGGGCGGCCCAGACGGGGGGGAAGGAGGCGCGGGAGGAGACAUCAUCAUCAAAGUGGACCAGCAGGUGAAAUCGCUGUCCUCCGUGUCAACGGUGUAUCGUGGGAAAGAUGGAGAGGCAGGAAGCGGUAAAAACUGCUUUGGACGCAAUGCCAGCCCCACCUACAUCUCGGUUCCUGUAGGCACCGUUGUGAAAGAGGAGGGCCGGACGCUGGCAGACCUCUCGCACCACGGCCAGCUGUACACGGCUGCAUACGGAGGCGCGGGGGGGAAGGGGAACCGCUUUUUCUUGUCCAAUGAGAACCGAGCGCCGCUGACGGCCACGCCAGGAGAGAAGGGCCAGGAGCGAGUGGUUCAGCUGGAGCUGCGCACCAUGGCCCACGCCGCACUGGUUGGUUUUCCGAAUGCAGGCAAGUCAUCUUUGUUGCGGGCCAUCAGUAACGCGCGUCCGGCUGUGGCGGCGUACCCCUUCACCACGCUCAAACCUCACGUGGGCAUCGUCACGUACAGAGACCACCAGCAGCUGGCAGUGGCCGAUAUUCCCGGACUGAUUCCCGGCGCUCAUCUGAACCGCGGGCUCGGCGUCUCUUUCCUGAGGCACAUCGAGCGCUGUCGGGUUCUGCUGUUCGUGUUGGACGUGUCGUCCGCGGAGCCCUGGGAGCAGUUCCAGCAGCUGUGCUUCGAGCUGGACCAGUACAAACCUCAUCUGUCCCAAAGACCUUGUGCCAUCGUGGCCAACAAAAUGGACCUGCCGGAGGCCAGAGAGAAUCUGGAGGCUCUGAGGAGCCGCGUCCAUCAGACGGUCAUUCCCGUGUCUGCGCUGACCGGACACAACAUGGGACGGCUCAUCCUGCACCUCAGAGAGAUGUACGACAGCUACCCGCAAAACGCCGCCUGCUCGUAGAUGAAGAGAUCUUCCAGAUUCCAAGAAAUCUUCAUUUCCACGGAUGUAGCUGAGGCCUUCCGUCUGUUUCUGCCGUUGAUCUAGAAAAGCACUUGUGAUCAGGCGACAGCCAUUAGACCUGAAUUACACUGAACAUGACAAGCUACUGCACAUCAGUCUUUCAGUGCUGUCAUAAUGACAUAGAGCAGGGACUUUUUGCUCUCUACACGUGAGGAUGCCAAAAAGGGAAGUCAUGUGACUCAGAGCUCGUGCACACUGGUAUAGUCGGCCGGUCAUUACUGCAAAAUAAACCCGAGCUUCUGCACAUCUGGCUCUCGUCACUCACACGAGCUUAUAGGCUGCUGCAGUGUAAAAAAUAUUUUGUAUUUAAUGUAUUUUCUGUUUUUUUAUUAAUAAACCUUAAUUAUAUUA